GAGCCUUGAGGAGAGACUAUGGGGGACUGGAACCUGCUGGGCAGCAUCUUGGAGGAAGUACAUGUCCACUCCACCAUCGUAGGAAAGAUCUGGCUCACCAUCCUCUUUAUCUUCCGCAUGCUGGUGCUGGGAGUGGCGGCCGAGGACGUGUGGGACGAUGAACAGAGCGAGUUCAUCUGCAACACGGACCAGCCGGGCUGCAAGACCGUCUGUUACGACCAGGCCUUCCCCAUCUCCCUCAUCCGCUUCUGGGUCCUGCAGAUCAUCUUCGUGUCCUCGCCCUCCCUCGUCUACAUGGGCCACGCGCUCUACCGCCUGCGCGCCCUGGAGAAGGAGAGGCACCGGAGGAGGGUCCAGCUGAAGGCAGAGCUGGGGGAGACGGAGGCGCUGGUGGAGGAGCACAAGCGCAUUGAGAAGGAGUUGAAGAGGCUGGAGGAGCAGAGGAAGGUGAAGAAGGCUCCACUGAGAGGGUCCCUGCUGCGGACGUACGUCAUUCAUAUCCUAACACGCUCCGUGGUGGAGGUGGGCUUCAUCAUGGGCCAGUAUAUCCUGUAUGGCAUUGGACUGGAACCUCUUUAUAAAUGCGAGAGGAUGCCUUGCCCCAACAGCGUGGACUGUUACGUGUCCAGGCCCACGGAGAAAACAGUGUUCAUGGUGUUCAUGAUCGUCAUUGCCGGGGUGUCUCUCUUCCUGAACCUCCUGGAGAUAUCCCACCUGGGCAUCAAGAAAAUCAAACAGACUCUGAAGGGAGACAAGUACCCAGCAGACAACGACAGUUUGAUUUAUAAGCCGAAGAAGAAAGCGAUGAUACAGCAACUGUGUGUGAUGAGGAAACUGUCUUCUCACAACGGGCCGCUGACUCAGACCAUCUUCAAAGUCAUUCCUGAGGAGGAUCUGAACCCAAUGGACCCACCUCCCCACUACAUACCUAACCACGAGGUGCCCAGGCACAACAGCGUGGCUCCAGGCCAGUACCUGGCCAACUGCACUGGCCUCCAGCCCCAUCAGCACUACCAGCAGCAGCAGCAGCAGCUCCAGCAACGUCAGCCCAGCCAAGGGAUGAUCCAGACCCUGCACCUCCAGGGAGCCCCAGAGAACCACACCACCACCAUGGUUGACCAGCACCCUCCAGCCUACGGAGGAGUUUUCUUGAAUGGAGACAGUGGGCCCAGGAACCUGCAGGGUCAGCCGAACCAUAAGGACCCCAAUUUACACCCUCAAGACCACUACCAGCCCAGCCACAUGGAAGUAGUACAUGUGCCUAUUGCAACACACAGACCCAGCAUCAUGACAACACACAGACCAAGCUUGGCUCCAAGGGACAUAGACCUGGAGGAAGAUAGGAGGAAAUCAAUGGGCAGCGACUUCCUCUUGCCUAACCCAGGAAGGAAGCAAAGCUUCAUGACACGUAUGCCCUCUGAGAGCAUGUCCACCAUCAGUGACUGCAGCAGCAACUCUCUACGGACAUCUGACUCUGAACUGGGCGACAUGGGGGACAUGCCCAUGAUGCCACCCCCUGGAAGGAGAAUGUCAAUGGCAAGUAGAGCCAAGAGACAGGCAGCCUCUGACCUAGUGGUUUAG